AUGGCUACAUCGAAUGGCCAGCAAGACUCUCCCCGCCCCUCCACCGACUACUCCCACUACACACCCGCCGAGCUGAUCUCGCGCAUCAACCGCCUCGAAACCCAACUGCAAGCCACCAAUUCGCAGCUCGCCGCACUCACCACCUCUGCCCCUCCCGCCUCCAGCCGCAAACCCAAAGCAAAGCCCUCCAAGCCAUUCGACGCCUCCCGCUUCAGCACGCGCCUCAUCGCGCUCAAAUUCUCCUACAUGGGCCAACACUACAACGGCUUCGAGCACGCCAACGGCACCGUGCCGCCGAAGCCCACCGUCGAGGAGGUGCUGUGGAAGGCGCUGCGCAAGGCGCGGCUCAUCAGCCCGCCGAUCGCCGAGGGCGCGGACGAGGACGUCGAGGUAGAGUGGGAGGCAGCCAGGCGUCUCCAGAGGUAUGCCGCUGCCGGGGAAGCCACGGUUGAGGAUGGUGCCGGUGGCGGCAAGAAGAGGCUGGAGUUGAAUUGGGAUGGAUGCGAGUAUAGCAAGUGUGGGAGGACGGAUCGAGGCGUGAGUGCUUUUGGGCAGGUUGUCGGCGUGCGGGUGAGGAGUAAUGCGCCAAAGCGCGUACCAAGGGAAGGGGAUGAGUGCGUGGGAGGAGCAAAGAGGGAGGCAGUGGAUAGUGUUGAAGAUACGAAUGAUGAUUCCGCUAUUGCUCCUCCUGGCCCUCCUGCUUCCUCGUCGCCGAGGCGUGCGUUCGACCCUGUCGCGGACGAGCUGCCCUACCUCUCCAUCCUCAAUUCUAUCCUCCCCGCUUCUAUCCGUAUCCUCGCUUGGGCUCCAACCCCACCGGCCGACUUCGAUGCGCGCUUCUCCUGCAAGGAGCGGCGGUACAAGUACUUCUUCACCAACCCGGCCUUCCUCCCCACGCCUGGACCAAUAGGCAUGACCUUGGCAGAUGGCAGUCCUUCGCCAAUAAGGGAAGGCUGGCUCGAUAUUGACAAGAUGCGGGAGGCGGCGAAGAAACUAGAGGGGACCCACGAUUACAGGAAUCUGUGUAAGAUUGAUCCGAGCAAGCAGAUGAGCAGCUGCGAACGACGGAUCAAUUUUGCCGACGUUGAGUUGUGGGAGAGCGGCGGGCGGAAGUUGACAGACCACAAACACCUCAAUGCUACUGGAGAAGACGCUAUAAAGACGCUUGCCAGGAGGUCGGGGAUUGGUGAAUUCGUGGAUGAAGGCCCAAAGGUGUACUGCUUUUCGGUCCACGGGAGUGCAUUCCUGUGGCACCAGGUACGGUGCAUGGUUGCAGUGUUGUUCUUGGUCGGCCAGGGUCUAGAGCAGCCGCGCGUGGUGGACCAGUUACUGGAUGUCGAGAGCAAUCCCAAGAAAGCUAUGUACGAAAUGGCAGACGACGGACCACUGGUGUUGUGGGACUGCGUGUUUGACAGUCCUGAAGACGGUGGAAGAGGCAAGCUGGAUUGGGUAUACGCCGGAGAUGCGGUCGCAAUGCCAGCAGUGACAAGCAAAAACGAUACCAAAUUCGGUCUGGGCGGACUGACCGAUACAUUGUGGACGCAGUGGCGAAAAGCCAAGCUUGAAGAGACAGUCACCAGUAGCCUUCUGGACCAGGCGCUAAACCAAGGCGAUGGCACCCCAUUGACGAGAGGUGGGUUUCGACAACCUUCAACAGCUCAACGGAGUCAAAAGAUAUUCGACGGCGCCGAUUCGGCCCGGGUUGUCGGACUCUAUACGCCCAUUGCGAAGAAGCCCAAGAUGGACACCCUCGAGAACCAGAAUGAGAAGUAUCGCAACGGCCGCCAAGCAAGGAAAGAUACCAAGCGGAAGUCGGCACUCGAUGGCACUUGA